AUGACUAUUCGUCAAUUCGCCAUCUUUGCACUUGUCUUGUUUGCCAUUGUUGGGAUGGCAUUUGCAGCCGAUGAUGAAUCUCCCUCGAAAGGAGACUCGGCCUCAACUCCAGCAGGUGAAGCUGGAGCCGCGAAAGGAGACUCGGCCGCAACUCCAGCAGCUUCAGACGAAGCUGGUGCAACAGACAUGUCUCCCAGUGAAGGUCCAUCCAGUGAUGGCUCGAGCUUCAAGGCCUCUAUUGUUGGUGCAUUUGUGAACGCUAUGGUUGUCACCAUGAGGAAUACGAUCUCAUCCAACAAGAAAGCAAUUCGAUUCCUCAUUAACAACCUCCUGCGCUCUAUUGCCGCCACUAAACGCCCGCAACGAACCGUCUAUACCCUGUUUAGUGAGGAAUUUUGGUGCUGCAAGAAUCCUAUUCCCUUUGUAGUGGUUUUCUUUUCGCUCUUGACCCGGGAAUUGAUUGGUCGGAAUACAAAACCAAGAGCUCAUCAAGAUGUGGAACAUAGAGAAAGGUUGGAUCAGUGGCAUCAAUAUGCUUUACCUUCUUUGUUGAUGUUGUAUCGGGUUUUGAUUCGGAGGAGUCAUUGGAUGUUCUUGAUCUUUUACAUGGGUUGAAUCUAUUUCAGCUACUUUGGUCAUCUACAAGACUACAACCUCUCUCAACUUAAUCUACAGAUGGUCCAUCUUUAACUGAUGGUAUGGAUGGUAAUUUGAAGGAAGCUACUACUUGCUUUGAAUAAGGCACGAAUGAAGUUGAGAAAGAUAAUUAUAAUUUCAUAUUGGAUGUUAUAUUUUCUCCUGGUGACAUAUAUGAUGCCAAAGGAUGAAGGGAACCGAUGCGAACGACUACAAUCUUCUGGAAAGUAAUUUGGGACUCAUGUUCAAUUGAUAUCAUAAUCUUUUUGUUUUCUUUUAAAUCUGAAUAUUGUGCAUAAAGAAGCAACAAAAACAGAUGAAAGAACGGGGUCAAACAUUAAAGAGAAUAAUUAUUUUAACAACACAACUUAUGUAAGUUUUAUUCUGGUCUGUGGUGAGUAAAUUUCUUUUAGAUGAUGCUAUGGAA